UGGCAUAAAUGCGCAAGUCCGGAAAUGUAUGUCGGCUCUAGCUGUACGUGGCAAAAACUUCGUAAGAAUUUACAUGCUAUUCUAUAAGUUUAACCACAACUUCCAAACCUAAAUUGUAAUCGCUGCUGUUAAGGAAUGCAAUAAGGUGUUGCUUGAACUAUAUACAUACAUCAGUGAAGUGAUAAGGUGAUGACAGUAUGAAUACACAGUUUUCUGGGAGUUAUGACCAGCAACCUGCACCGGGAUAUGGACCCCCGGGGCCCAUGGGUGGACCAGCACCACACCCUCCAGGACAAGGGCAGGGCAUGUAUAACGGAUAUGGACAGCAAGGCCAUGCACCUCCAGGUGCCCAGACGGGAGGUGCACCACCACAGAUGAAGUCGGGGAUGCAACCACCCAACAUGUCCAGCCCUCUUCAGAAUGGCCCAUCUCCUGGUGGCCAAGGCGAUGCUAGAUUUGGUGCACCACGUGGCCCUACACCUGGCCCACCUGGACCGAUGUCCAGACCACCCACUUCGUUUCCUGGUCCUCCUGGUCUAGCAGCCACCCAUGGUCCUCGACCAUCGGGGCCAAUGCCAGGUCCUCCCGGAGCAGGGCCUGCUAUGAGGGGUCCUCCACCACCAGGAAUGGCUCCCGUGGGUCAGCCACCUACAUCACAGUUUGGUGCAAUGAAUAUAGCAGAUCCACAUAUUCAAAAUCAAGGGCUGGGAGUGCCUCCCACAUCAUCACCCAUGACACAGCAAGGUUACGGAGCGCCGCCAGGACAAGUGAUCCCUCCUCAAUCUCGUAGCGGGGCACCUCCAGGGAUGGGACCGGCACAUGCUGGUUUAGGUACACCGGCCGCUGGCACCGGUCCUCCACACACAGGUUUCGGUGCUCCGCCCACAAGCAUGGGUCCACCACAGUCAGGCUAUGGUGCACCGCCCACAGGUAGUGGUCCUCCUCCACCUAGCUUUGGUGCUCCACCCACUGACAUGGGAGCUCCACCCACUAGCAUGGGUGCUCCACCCAUUAACAUGGGAGUUCCACCCCAGUCAGGUUACGGAGCCCCACCGGCAGGCACUGGUCAUUCGCAGGCAGGGUUUGGGGCUCCUCCCACAAGCAUGGCUCCUCCACACACAGGUUUUGGUGCUCCUCCGGCUGGCCAGCCUCUCAUGCCUCCUACCAGCAUAGGACCCGGUCCUCAAGGCAUGCCUCCGGCCAGCUCAGGACCUCCGCCCAUGGGACAGCAGUUGAACCAAAUGCCUCCAUCCAGCUAUGGACAAUCGCAGCCAGGUUUUGGGGCACCGCCGGCUAUGGGACAGCCUUCCCCGACGACCGGGUUUCCUCCCACGAAUCAGUACACUGGAAGUCUCCCAAGUCAGUAUCCUGCAGCAGGCAUGCAACAGAAUGCUGUAGGUGCAUUUCCUGGUGGCCAGCCGCAGGCCUACAACUACAGCAGCCAGCCUGGUCAGCGCCCCGCGCCCACGGCUCAGCCUCAACAGCCAAGGAAACUGGAUCCAGACCAGAUGCCUAGUCCAAUUCAAGUAAUAGAGGAUGAUCGCAAGUCUCACAGUGGCUUGUUUCCGACUGGCAGCAGAGGAACCUUGCCGCCACUCGUCACUACAGAAUUUAUAGCUCAAGACCAGGGUAUCUGUAAUCCUCGGUUCAUCCGUUCCACCAUGUACAAUGUGCCAUGUACGUCAGACAUGCUGAAAGGAAGUCAUAUCCCAUUUGUCCUCACAAUCACUCCGUUUGCCAAACUUCAUGAGCAGGAACAACCCCCUCCGUUGGUUGACCUGAGCGACAUGGGACCAGUGAGAUGCACUCGGUGUAAGGCGUACAUGAAUCCCUUCAUGCAGUUUUUAGACGGAGGUCGCAGGUUUCAGUGUGUCUUCUGCGGCUGUGCUACUGAUGUGCCACCUGAAUAUUUUGCACAUCUAGACCACACAGGAAAACGGGUAGAUGUUUACAAUAGAGCAGAGCUGUGCUUAGGUUCUUACGAAUUCACAGCAACGACAGAUUACUGUAAAAAUGGCCUUCCUCCAAAGGAGCCUGCAUUCAUAUUUAUGAUCGAUGUUUCCUAUAAUAGUGUCAAGAGUGGACUGGUCAACCUUAUCUGUGAAAACCUCAAAAGUGAUAUUCUUGUUAAUUUACCAAAGGAAUCCGGAAUGGAGGAGUCUGCUAUCAGAGUGGGUUUUGUAACAUACGGCAAAGAGCUGCAUUUCUACAAUGUCAAGGGAUCUCUGGCUCAACCACAGAUGAUGGUGGUCUCGGACAUUGAAGACAUGUUCGUUCCUUUGUUAGAUGGAUGUCUGGUCACACUAGCAGAGUCGGAAGCUGUUAUUGACAGUUUGCUGUUACAAAUACCCGAACUGUUUGCCGAGUCGCGGGAGACGGAGACUGUCCUGGGACCUGUGAUACAGGCAGGUUUAGAUGCCCUCAAGUCGGCAGACAGGUGCGGCAAGCUGUUAAUCUUCCACACUUCACUCCCAACAGCCGAAGCACCAGGAAAGCUUAAAAACAGAGAUGACAGGAAAUUACUGGGCACAGAGAAGGAAAAGACUCUGUUGACAACCCAGUGCCCUUUCUACACAAAGCUGGGACAAGAGUGCGUGGCCGCUGGAUGUAGUGUGGAUCUCUUCCUUUUCCCCAAUUCCUACUGUGAUGUCGCCUCCAUGUCUGAAGUGUGCCGCCUCACCAGUGGAAACAUCUACAAAUACAGCUACUUUCAGGCUGAUUUGGAUGGUGAAAGGUUCAUUGAGGAUCUGAAAAGAAAUGUUUCUAGGCCAGUGGCAUUUGAUGCAAUUCUCAGAGUGCGAACAAGUACAGGUAUACGGCCUGUAGAUUUCUAUGGUAAUUUCUACAUGGCCAACACGACAGACGUGGAGCUAGCUGCAAUAGACUGUGAUCAAUCAAUAUGCGUUGAAAUCAAACAUGAUGACAAGUUACCUGAAUCAGAAGGUGCUUACAUACAGGUUGCAUUGCUGUACACCAGUGUCACUGGACAUAGGCGACUCAGAGUUCACAACCUGGCCUUGAACUGCUGUACUCAGAUGGCCGACCUUUUCCGCAGCUGUGAGCUUGAUGUUCUCGUCAACUUCUUGUCAAAACAAGCGAUCCGACAGACAUUGAACACGAAUCCUAAGCAGGUACGUGAAUAUAUAAUGAACGAGGUUUCGCAGAUCCUGGCAUGCUACAGGAAGACGUGUGCCAACCCUUCGUCAGCAGGACAGCUCAUACUGCCGGAAUGUAUGAAACUGCUUCCCCUGUAUGCCAACUGUAUCAUCAAGAACGAUGGCAUUCAAGGAGGUUCGGAGAUUUCUACAGAUGACAGGAGUUAUCUGAUGCACUUGAUCAACUCGAUGGACGUUCAGUCGUCCAGCGUGUUCUUUUACCCCAAACUCUUACCCCUGUUUGAUCUUGACCUUGAUUCACACGAUGAGCCAACUGCUGUGAGAUGUUCAGUUGACCGACUCCAAGAUACAGGAAUCUAUUUAUUGGAAAACGGCUUGUCCAUGUUUCUGUGGACAGGACUGAAUGUUGCACCUGACAUGAUUCAGAAAGUAUUUGGAGUACCAAGUGCAGCACAGAUUGACAUUGAUAAGUGUCAGUUGCUUGAUCUGGAUAAUCCAGUCUCCCGGCGUAUUUGUGGCAUCGUUAAAAAGAUUAGAGACAAGAGGAGUAGGUACCUCAAGCUCUCCAUUGUGCGACAACGAGACAAGCUGGAACCCUGGUUUAACCACUUCCUGGUGGAGGACAAAGGAUUAAACGGAAGUGCCUCAUACGUUGAUUUUCUUUGUCAUAUACACAAAGAAAUUAGAAACAUUCUAAGCUAGACUUGCCUCUGAUCUGUUGUAUACUCCUUCCAUGCUCUUUGACCUUGAUUCUGAGACCUUGAUUCUGAACGGGAAAAAAAGUUCAUUCGCAGUUGAAAAUUGUGAAUGCAAAACCAUUGGACUCUACCAACCAUGCAAACCUUGUGAUAAAAGAGUGGCUCGUUGAAGAAAAGCUGAUGCUUUUACCAGUACUUGUUAUUUUAUGUACCAUCAAGUUUUAAAUGUAACCAUAGUAACACAGUUUCCAGUGGAAGUUAACUCUAGUUAAGGCUAGACUAGAGUUAUUGCUGCUGCUGCUGCUGUUGUAAAAUCAAAAUUUGCAAUAAAAAUAAUAUUAGUAGAACAUAUCUAAUAGGUGGGUCAUCCGACUACCGUUUGAAAUGUGCAUGUGUGUACACUUGCAUACAGAAACCUCCACAGACAAGACACACAGACACAAAUUGAGACAUACAGACACCUGAAGACAUACAGACGAGUGAGCCACUCUAAUAUAUAUACUUUGCAAAAUAUAAUAUCUUAUUUUCUGGUUGGUGCAGGUGUGAUGUUAUGUUAUAAUGAAACACGUACAAAUAAUGAGUAGUCAUCUGCAUUUGUUCUGUUUUGUUUCCCCCUUCAGUUUUUAACUGAAGUAUGUAAAUAUAAACGAAGCUUUUCCUAUAAUAAAAAAAAGAAAAAAAGACUAGGUGAAUGUAAACUGCUUUUCUUUUAAAACGUUUGCAAGGAAGUUAGUAAUUUGUCUUUAUUUAUUGGUGUUUUCAGUACUUCUGCCGCAACACUCUGUGUACAUAGUCGAAACAAAAGACAUUCUUGUGUUAUAAUCUAGCAUGUAUAUGCAACAUUUGUACAGAUUAUGUGUGCAUGUGGUGAGAAUGUUUUGAGCAUGUGGUGCAACUAAACAUUGCAGUUGAUCUGUGUAGUAGAAAGAAUUGUUAAUGUCAUUUUGUUGUUACAUUUUAUUUUUAUCUGUGGCAUGCGACAUUUUAAAGUGAUUUGGUGGCAGAUGUGCCAUCUGUUUGGACUGGAGAAAUAAACCUUUGUUCAACCAACUGGUUUUUUAUUUCUCUAGUCUAUUGUGAUCACUGCUGUAAAAGCUAUAUUCUGUUUUAGUUUGAUUCUGUUAUAAAAUAUUACAUAACUACCUGUGACACAAGUAUAUAAGCUGAAAUAUUUUCACAUGUUUCUCUCUCUAUUUUUUUUCUUAUUCAUUGAGUAUGUGUAUCACCUAAACAUUUUCAACACUUGUAUUUGUCUUUUUAUCUUUUGUCUUGGAGCUCAAUCACAAUUUCGGAUCCUUGGUGUUUAAAUUUGAACAGUAAAUCCAAACUGAAUAAGCUUGGACAACUGAAUAACCCUAGUACAGUGAAACUCUAAACCAGACGCCCUUGGGACCAAGUAAAAAGUCUGGUAUAAAGAGGUAUCUGGUUUAGAGAGGUUACCUUCUGCACAGAUAUUUAAAAAGGGACCGUGAAAAACGUCCAGUCUUGAGGGAAUUCCAGUUUACAGAAGGUCCGGUUUUGAGAGGUUUCACUAGUUUUAAUCCAUAACAUGGCAGCUGAUACAGGCCUUCACAUCCAUCUGUUAGAAAACAUCAUUUUCACAGGAUAUUUUUGUCAAGUUUAUUAUUCAAUAUAACAAUGUGAAAAACAUCAUUAAAUAUAUGAUUGGUGGGUAAAUAUUUCUGCAAUUCUGCAUUAGUUUUCCAGGAAUAUAUUGCACUGACCAUUUUUCCAUAUGUUGUAAAAUUAUUAUUAAAGGGAGAUAAGCAGUGAAUAGUUUAUAGAUGUUUGCGACAUUGUCUAUAGCAGUUUUUCUUAAGCAGUGUGUUUCUCUGCAAAAUAUGUGACAGUCAUUGGAACUUAAUAACUACCAUUUAAUACAUUAUUUUAUAUCUUGGUUUAAACUUUGGUUUUAUCAUUUCUCAGAGUAACUAUAUUUGAUUCUCAACAUUUUAUUUAAUUUUAUGUGUGAGUAUCAUUUUGUGACUGCUGUUACCAACACUGGAUUUGGCACAUGAAACAAAUAGUUUUUAUGAGAAUACUUGUUAAACAUAAAUUAAACUGACUGAAAAUAUUCAAAAUAGAAACAUUAUUUGAAAACAUAUUUUUUCAUAUUGCCAAGAAUUGUCUGCAAAGCAUCAAGUCUAUAUAAUAUAUGGUAUAAAAAUCAACAUUUUGUUAUAAUUUCAAAACCAUUGACCUCUUUAUCGUUCUACAUGUAUAUUCAGCAGGAAAGUUUCCAGUUAAAACCAUAUAAACCAUCAUCGUGUCCUGUUUGUAAAGUUUAAUCCUACAUUUGGUGUUGGAAUGGGUGUUAAUAUUUUGAUAUGUUGAUUACCAUCUGAUAGUCUUUCUUGAUUUGAAAAUUGAUGGAAUCCAUUGUCUAGUGAAGGAAACCAGUCUUAAUUCCUUUUUUUCCCUUCUUUUUAAUUUUUUUUAUUUAUUUAGUUGGGAUAUUUCGUUCAGUAAUUUGUCAUCUGAUCAUAUUUUGUCAACAUGUGACUACCUUUAUUUUUUUCAAGAUUUGCUGAUCUUUGAACCUAGACUGAAACUAUACAAUUGGAUUGAUGUGAUAUUGCUGAAUAAUCAUUUAUAAUGUUCUGUCGCUGUGUUUGGCACUUACUUCAGAUCAGAGAUUAUGGAGACACGCUCCUAUUUUUACAAUACAGUCCUCUAGUUAACAUUUCCAUCUGGGAGUAAGAUGACGCCUACUUCUAUUUUUAUAUACAUAGUAUGAAAUGUUUUAGUCGCCAAAUGAAAACAAUGGUCGCAAUGUAGAGGGCUGCAAAACAGUUUUAUUGUCCUGGUAUGAAUUAAUUAUUAAUGGAUUAGCGCCAAAUGAAAACAAUGGUCGCAAUGUAGAGGGCUGCAAAACAGUUUUAUUGUCCUGGUAUGAAUUAAUUAUUAAUGGAUUAGCAAAUGGUACAAACUUAAAUCAGAAAUGUUUUUUAGCAGUUUUAAAAUAAUCAUUGUUUUAAGUAAUGAAAAAAUAUAUAUCAACUACAGAAACAUAUUCUUAUUUACUUGUGGGGUAAACUUUAUAUGUUGAAAGUGCAAAAAGCAAUUUAAUAGUAGCUGGUGGUUAUUUAAGAUCUAGAUGUUUAGACCUUACCAUUGAGUUUUUGUUAUUUGUACUGGUACUGAACAAACCACAUUUUGAGAGAGAAAAAAAAAGAACAUUUAUUGAACUGUGACAAGUCAUGUUUGUGAAUGUAGUUUUAAUGCCUACGUUAAUUCAUCAAAUGUGAUGAGAGUAUGAAUAAAUUAUAAUUUUAUG